AUUUGAAACGAUUCUGGAGCAUACGUCGGAGAACACACUUUCGUUUUAUCCUUCCUUGUGGUCAAAUGGGGAAAAAAAGAACACAUUUAUUAUAGCUAAUCAUAAUUGUUACUUAAUCGAACCAAAAAAAAAAAUGACUUCGUUUCAGAAUUCAUUAGUUGCUGCAAAAAUGUUGGUUGAUGCAAUUGAAAAUAUAAAAGAAGAUCAUUCACUGUUUAAAGUUUGCAUGGAUAUUAGAAGUAUGAUGAAUUGGAAUUUCAACUUUAAAGAAUUCAUGGACAUUGUUUUUGAAGUUCCUGAUAUUAAAAUUGAUAUUUUAUGGAAUCUGCAUGUUUUGCAAGUUUUGCCGUUUGAUGUCUCUCUUACAAAGCUAAAAUCUGAAGCAGUUUUUGAUAAAUUUCUCCAGAGUAGUUGCAACUUGUGUUUAAUGGAUACUACCAAUAAUGAAGCUUUGGAAUUUAUUCAACUUGGUUUGAUUACUUAUCUUGUGAAUAAAGCUUUUAAUGGUACUGGAGAAGAAAUUGAAAAAGUUUGCUUAUCUAUAAUACAAGUUUUUUUGAAAGAACUCUUCUCUUUGCGAAAAGAAGAUAUGACAAAAGAGAAAAUGAAGGCUCUCUUUUCAUUAUGGAAGUGUGGACUCAUUGAUAAUAAAACUUUACUUGAGUUCUGUACUUAUUUUCUUCAUCAAUUUCUGAAAAAUAAAACUGUAGCAAUGUUGGAAGCUUAUAUUGUGCAAGAACAUUGUAAAAGUCAUGAUGAACCUUUCCAUAUGACAUUUGUGAUAGAGCAGAUAAUCAAAAACUUGAUGCCAGAUGAUGUAGUGUGCAUUUUAUUUGAAGCUGACUUAGAAAACACUAUUAAUUGGAAGAAUUAUAUUGUUAUUCUUGAAGCUUUCAUUAGAAUACAUGAUUGUGAAUCCAAAAUAAUUUUAAGAAAUAAUGAAGAUCUUGUAAAAAGAUCUUUCCAGCAUUUGAAUCAAAAUGCUUUGAAGAAAGCUAUUAUCAUUGGUCGCCAAACAGCUUUACAUUCUAAAGAAGCAUUUCCCAUGGCUUACAAGCAAUGGUUUCUGAAUCAGUUUGGAAACUCUGUUUAUAUUAAAAAUCCACAAUAUGUUUCAUUUUUUAUUCAAGUGUUAUCUGAGUUAGUGCCUUAUGAAAGAAAUAUAGCAAUCAUAAAGAUGUCUCUGGAAAGGCCUUUAACUAUUCCUUCUGAAUGUCAAUCCAUCUAUAAUGACUAUACUGCUUUACUGAAAACAAGGAUAAAAGAUUUAGAACCUCAAAUACAACCUGAAGAUAUAAUUAGUAAACUUUUGGUAGCUUACCAAGAAACAGGAAAAAUUCCUUCAUAUGUCAUGGAAGCAAGUCUUAUGCAGAAAAAUUAUUUCUUGAAUGUAUUUUUGCCAGUUCUUCUGAUUCCAAGAGUAAUCCCUACAGUUCCUGAUGUAAGAGAAAGGUUCAUUGAAGAAUUGCACAGGAUUGGCAAAAUUCCUAAUGUGAUAUUUCAAAAAUAUAAAACUGCUUGUAAUCAAGAAAAACAGAAACUAUUAGCAGGAGUGGAUAUGGAUUGUAUAUUUUUGGAUGAUGAUACUUAGUAAGAUUUUCUUCAGUGUCAUUUUUGAGUAUAAAUAUUUUCAGUAUGCAUGUAUAUAAUUUCAUUUCUUCAUAAAUUCCAAUAUAUUUAACAGUGUAUCUGCAUAUUUAUU